AUGCCAAAAUUCAGCAAAAACAACAAGAGAGCGUCGUUUAAAAAGGAUAAGCAGGUGUCACACAAGAAGAAAGAAGAGAAAAAAGUCGAAGAAGAGGAGCCUGAAGUGGCCGAUGUCUCUUCCAAAGAAGAAGAAAAGUCUUCUCAAUCGACUCAGAGUGAAGAAAAGUCCAAAGAAACGAGUGAAGAAGCACCAAAAGAAGUCGAAGAAAAGGAAGCCGAUGACGAUUCGUCGAGCGAAGCGCCACAAGACCUUCAAACUGAUGACAAGAAAGAAGUAAAUGAAGAGGAAAAGAAAGAAGAAAGUUUCAAACAUUACCAACACUUCGAAGACAUUUUAUAUAGCAAAAUGACUGCCGAUGAGGCACAUCAUCAAAUCGUUGAAACAAUUGGCGACAAAGACUUUAAUCUAUUUCUGGACGGUAAAGAGAUCAUCGUGAAAGAUGCUAAGCUUCAAAAGUUCACCACUAUCAAUCCUAAAUUGAUCACAGAGGCUGUUCAAGUGCUCAAAGACAUCAACAAAAAGAGCACCGAAGCCGAUAAUACAAUCGACUUGUUCUCUAAGGAUAAGAUCAUUCAACUCUGUUUCGGAUGUUACACACACAAAGACAGUCAACCUACCUUCCAAUUCAUGUUUGUUUCAUCUUGUUGA